AUGACCAAUGUAGGGAUAUAUAGUAUAGAUAUUCAAACAGAUAAAAUAUUUCUUAAAAUCUGUAUUAAGAUCUUUGGAGUUUUUUUUUUGGUAAAGCUUAAUAAAAACAUUGAAGAAAAUGUGCAAAUACAAUACCCUAAAAUGGCAAUAAUCCCAAAAAACCAAAUCUCUGUAAUUUCGAACGCCUCAAAAAGGUUGUUCAGAUUAAAAUAA